GCGAUGGAAAAACAAUAUCAUGAGGUAGCAGCACGUGCAGUAUUAGCAUACCUUUAUGAUCAUGAUAUGUACAGCUUGGCGGAACAGUUUUGUAUGGCCAACCCAUACCUGAGAGCGGACCAGGGUGCGCUAGAGCGAGGUGUCAUGCCGGUAAGCUCCCUACACAAGCCGCUCCGGGACGUGCUUAAGGAGUUCAUUGUGAUGCAAUCCCAACUAUUGCAGCUGGUGAAUCUGUGCAGCAGUGUGAUCGAAUUUCCAAUCGCUAGCUCCGUCCUGGUACUGGCAGACCAUCUGAUCCAAGUGCUGAAAACGUCCGGCACCGCUGAAGUGCUGAAAACGGUCGUUUCCACAAUUCCGGUCUGCACCGACUGGAGUGUGGAACAUUCACCCACGGCAACAACGUCGGACCACUCACACACAGUGGGAGAUAACUCGACCGGCUCACUGCAAACCCUUCAGGAGCAAUCGUACAGCGCCGGUAACACGCUGCUCGAACAGGACAUUAUUAUUUCGGCAUCAGAUAUGCAUCUGAUCGAAACACUAACGGCUUGUGUGGAGUCGGACAGUAGUUUGCCGAUCCUGGUGGACAAUGCGGUAUUUAGUGGACCGUCGUCUGCGGUGAAAUCGUACGGACUAAACGGGGUCCUUACCGUGGAGAAUGUUUCGUAUUCAGACGUCAAGCAAUCAACCGUUCAGCAAGCCACAACAGCCUCGGUCAACACAUCACCACGAAACAAUCAACUUAACAAACAACCGCUGGGCACAGGACAGCAACAGGUUCGUGAACCGAUUACCUCAAACAAACCAGCGCCAAACGCUGGGGACAAUGUGCCUAAAGAAAGCACGGUUAAGUUACCAUCCACGGCCGCGGUCAUUACGAUAGAUAAGCUCACGAACGGUACGACACGUUCGAAUGAGACCCCACUGGACAAUCCGAUCGUACCCGGGACGGUCAGCUCACGGUCGACUUCGAGCCGAAAGCGGUCUCACAUCCGCAUACUGGAUUUUGGCACGCCACCCUUCAAGCGCGGCAGUCCAUCGACCGUUGGGCGUCCCUCGCCUGUGAUACCAUCGCCCGCCCUAGUUAACGUCCCGAAACGUGCCAUUCCGCUGGAAAAGCAACAUCUUGCCUCGUCCAUCAAUCAAGGGAACACACAUCAACCAGUACAACCUGCACCUCCACCCCCACCAGCAGUCCAAAACGAUGAACCAAAACCAAAGAAAGUUAUCAACAAGCGAAGAAUUGUGCGGUGUGGAGUGCGACGGCAAGGCAAACGCAUCAUUGGCACGAAACUCUACACCAAAAGGCUGGUUCCACGAAUGAUGCCCAAGAGCGUACCACCUCCAUCGACCAUCCCGCCGCAACCAACUUCCGAUACCAAUCAACCGAUCAAUCUAUCCAAACGGGCUGACCCACCGUCAACCCACAAACACCACCCAUCCAGCGCCAUCCUUUCGACGGCCAAAAAGCAUCCCCUCGCAUUGCAAGCACCGUCCGCUUCCCCUCCCCGCUCCAACGUGCUCGGUUCGCCCGCCUGUCCCAUCGAUCCGCUCGCCCUUUGCCCCAUGACACCUCGCUUCCUUACCCGUCCGCUUCAGCCACUCUGUAUGCUUUCCCCGCUGCUCGGUACGCUCGAUCUUAGCUGCGUCAGCCAGGCGAAAUCACACAGCCACUCGAAGCCUACCACCGACAUCAGCACACCGGGCUAUCCGAUUACGCCCGGCAAUACCAUCACACCGUCACCACCACCAACGGACACGUUUUCGUACUAUGACAGUGAGGCGACGAACGGUCCACGCACAACCGACCCACCGAACAAUAGCGCCUCGAUGGACGAUGAGGCGUACGAUAGCGAAUCGGACCAGCAUCAUCGGUGUGGCACGCAUGGGUCACCCGGUGUGCCGAAGCCACUGCUUACGCUGACAGCCAACAGUGAAGAGAUUGUGAUCCGAUACGACGAAGACGAUUGCAGCCCGCUGCGGGUACGGGAUGCGAAGGAGGAGGGGCGGGAACAGGCGGCCCAUCUAGCGGCCCGCAUCGAAAUUGACGAUGGCAAUGGGAAGGUGUUUCACAUCGCGGUUUCACCUCUGAUGGAACUGUACGAACAUUUUCCAUAG